CCCGCGUGACCUAACGGGCCCGCUCGUUGCCGUAGCGACGGGAGCCUUCUCCGCCUCUUCCGGCUUCGCAUGGCGCCGUCUUUUCCGGUGCGGGGGAUAAUAUGGGGACAAUACAUCUGUUCCGCAAAUCACAGAGAUCAUUGGUUGGAAAGUUAGCACAUGAGUUUAGGCUGGUUGCAGCAGAUAGGAGGUCCUGGAAGAUCUUGUUGUUUGGUGCUAUAAACUUAAUAUGUAUUGGCUUCCUGCUAAUGUGGUGCAGCUCUACAAACAGCAUAGCUUUAACUGCUUACACGUAUUUGACAAUCUUUGACCUUUUCAGUUUGAUAACAUGUCUAAUAAGCUACUGGGUAAUGAUGAAGAAACCCAGCCCCGUAUAUUCAUUUGGGUUUGAAAGGUUUGAAGUUCUAGCAGUAUUUGCAUCUACAGUUCUGGCACAGCUUGGUGCUCUUUUUAUACUGAAAGAAAGUGCAGAGCGGUUCCUGGAACAGCCUGAGAUACACACGGGGCGACUGCUGGUUGGUACUUUCGUGGCUCUCUUUUUCAACUUAUUUACAAUGCUUUCCGUUAGGAAUAAGCCUUUUGCUUAUGUCUCUGAAGCUGCCAGCACAAGUUGGCUUCAGGAACAUGUUGCAGAUCUUAGUAGAAGUAUUUGUGGAAUCAUCCCAGGAUUAAGUAGCAUCUUUCUGCCACGAAUGAACCCUUUUGUCUUGAUUGAUAUAGCUGGAGCUCUAGCUCUUUGCAUUACAUAUAUGCUCAUUGAAAUCAACAACUAUUUUGCUGUAGACACAGCCUCUGCUAUAGCAAUUGCUUUGAUGACAUUUGGUACCAUGUAUCCCAUGAGCGUCUACAGUGGGAAAGUACUACUCCAGACAACCCCACCUCAUGUGAUUGGCCAGUUGGAUAAACUUCUUAGAGAGGUUUCAACUUUGGAUGGUGUCUUGGAAGUUCGAAAUGAGCAUUUCUGGACAUUGGGUUUUGGUACAUUGGCUGGAUCAGUACAUGUCCGAAUUCGGAGAGACGCAAAUGAACAAAUGGUACUUGCCCAUGUCACUAACAGAUUAUAUGCAUUGGUCUCUACCUUGACUGUUCAGAUUUUCAAAGAUGACUGGAUCAGACCUACCUUAUCAUCUGUGCCUAUUGCAAACAAUAUUCUGAACAUUUCGGAUCAUCAUAUUAUUCCAAUGCCAUCUUUGAAAGCUGCUGAUAAUUUGAACCCUGUUACAUCCACUCCAGCUAAGCCUGGCAGCCCACCGCCAGAAUUUGCUUUUAAUACACCAGGCAAAAAUGUGAGUCCAGUCAUCCUUUUGAACACUCAGACAAAGCCCUAUGGAUUGGGCUUGAAUCAUGGAUCCGCACCCUACAGCAGUGUACUCAACCAAGGACUCGGAAUACAGGGAAUGGGAGCAACUCAAGGAUUCAGAACUGGUUUUACAAAUGUCCCAAGCAGAUAUGGAACCAACGCUCGUGGUCAACCCCGACCGUAAUAAACACCAUUAUUUAUUAUACUUAAGGGUAUUGACUUAAUUCUUUUAUUACCCAAUUUUUACAAACAUUUGGAAUGUCAGAUCAUUCUAAAUGGCUGGGAACAAGUGCAUUGUUCAUGUUCAUGAAAUGGUUAAACUGCAGUUUCUUCUUUGCAUCAGCAGUAGCCUGUGUAAUGUCACAAAUAUUUUCUAGACUUGGGAUACUUUAUAGGUAGCUUUUAUAGUGUGUCAAUUUCUGUUUAGCUUUUUAUUCACUUUUCUUUAUUUUCCCAAGAAUGGAUUGAGAUACAGCACAACUCCAUAGAGAGUAAAAUUGAAACCAGGCAGCAUUUUUUUUCAAAUGAGAAUUGCUUAAUAGAAACUGUUAACGCAAUCCAGCAUUAAAUUCACUGAGUGCUGAGAAGCUGAGAGAAUAGGAAAUUGCAGAAAUACAAGUACCAUUUCUUAGAGGUAUUGCCUGUUGUAUUAAGCCAUCUUUUGGCAAAGUCACAGUUAGUUUUGGUUGCAAAACUCCAUCAAUAUUCAUAUUGUGGCCAUUGUGAAGACAACCUGGUAUUUCAGAUUCUAAUUAGUUUUGUGGGACUGUGUUUUUACAUUUUUAUUGUUGCUUUGAUAGAAAUUCAGAUGGUUCAGCAACCAUUUUCUAGUUGUAAGUAUUGCAUAUUCAUCUCUGACAUCUCGUCCUUUUUAACUGCAAAAUUAUUUAGCAAUAUCCUGGGAAAUAAAAUAUGUCAAACUUAGAUUUUA